CAAGGGAGAUAGCAUGAGGGGAAACUCCAACUGGCUUCCCUUUUUCUACUUUCCUAUUUCCACUUUGGACCUUGUUUGGGACACCCUAUAAAUCUUGUUUUCCUCAUCAAUUCUCUCCACCUUCAAUUUACUUCAAACCCUUUCCGCCAUUACAACCCACCAAACAAACCAUUAACGGAAAAAUGAUGAGAAGUGCAGCAGCUGAUCAGACUACCAGUAGCAAUGUAAAGAUGGAGUUCAUUUCUAAUGAAGAAGACAGUAGCAGUGAUCAGCUGCGGAGAGGUCCAUGGACUCUUGAAGAAGACACUCUGCUCACUCAUUACAUUUCUCGCCAUGGUGAAGGUCGCUGGAAUAUGUUAGCCAAAUGCGCCGGGUUGAAGAGGACCGGAAAGAGUUGCAGACUGCGAUGGCUGAAUUAUCUGAAACCAGAUAUUAAGCGAGGAAAUCUUACUCCGCAAGAGCAGCUCUUGAUCCUCGAACUCCAUUCAAAAUGGGGUAACAGGUGGUCAAAAAUUGCACAGCAUCUACCGGGAAGAACAGAUAAUGAGAUUAAGAAUUACUGGAGAACUAGGGUUCAAAAACAGGCUCGUCAGCUGAAUAUCGAGUCGGACAGCAAGAGAUUUCUCGAUGCUGUUCGAUGUUUCUGGAUGCCGAGAUUGAUUCAGAAAAUGGAACAGACGUCUUCGUCUUCGUCUUCUUCGACAAAAAUAGAGCUAUCUUUCCCUAGUUCUCAUCAAUCCUCUUCAUCUUUCCCUAAUUUUCCUUCCGAUAAUUCAUCUUCAAUCGCUUCCUCGUCAAUCUCCUCGCCAAAAAUCAUGACGGAGAAUUCAAAUCAUCAAAUUGAAGAUUCGAAUUUGAGUUCAGUUCAGAGUGAUGAACAGUUUCUUCAGCAGUAUCUGGGGUGUCAACAAUUCGAUUACAGCAAUGUCUACGGCAACAAUUACAGUCAGGUCGGAGAAGAAGGUAAUAAUUACUACGAGAUGGAACAGGGGUAUGCCAUGUCAGCAGCAACAGGGAAUUAUGAGGUUUUGGCGCCAACGGAGUGCCAGAUGGCAGACGGUGGUUGGGUGAUUGACGAUGACAUGGCAGAUGCUUUCUGGAACAUGGAUGACAUAUGGCAGUUCAGGGAGUGAAGGGGAUAAGGACCCCUUCUUCUGUAGAUGGUCUCUGUUAUUUAUCCAGGGUCCACUCCCACCAUAAAUCUUUGACUAAGACAAUCAUACAUAUACAUAUAUGUGUAUGUAUAUGUAUAUGUAUAUGUAUAUGUAUGUGGUGAUCCACAUUGGGGAUAAUAUGUGGAAACUCUAGAUUUUAUAUGCUAUAGUUUUCUGAAGUACCUUA